ACGUGUCUCCUUCACUCGGCGGCAGCGCUAUGGACAAGGAGGUGGUCUUGAUCACAGGCUGCUCAUCCGGCAUCGGCCUCAGCCUGGCGGUCCGCCUGGCCUCCCACCCGGAACAGAAGUUCAAAGUGUACGCCACCAUGAGAAACAUGGCCAAGAAGGAGCGUCUCCUGGAGUGUGUCAAGGGUCUGCACAAGGACACCCUGGAGGUUCUUCAGAUGGACGUCACCGACCGCCAGUCCAUCCUGGACGCCCGGGACAAGGUGGCGGAGAAACGAGUGGACGUUCUCGUGUGCAACGCAGGUGUUGGGUUGAUGGGUCCACUGGAGGUCCAAUCGUUGGACUCCAUGAAGCAGAUCCUGGAGGUCAACCUUCUCGGAACAAUCCAGACCAUCAAGGCCUUCUUGCCCGGGAUGAAGGCUCAAAACGGGGGUCGUAUCCUGGUCACCGGAAGCACCGGGGGUCUUCACGGUCUUCCUUUUAAUGAGGUGUACUGUGCCAGCAAGUUCGCCAUCGAGGGAGCCUGUGAGAGCUUAGCUGUGCUCCUGCAACACUUCAACAUCCGUGUUAGCCUUAUCGAGUGUGGCCCCGUCAACACGGACUUCCUGGUCAACCUGAAGAAGGCGGAGCUUGGCGACGAGUGCCUGCAACAUGUGGACGCCCACACGCUGGCCCUGUAUGAGAAAUACCUGCAGCACUGCAGCCACGUCUUCCAAAAUGCAGCACAGGACACGGAGGACAUUGUGAAGGUGUUUUUAGACGCCAUUGAGUCACCCAGCCCGGCCUUCAGAUACUUCACCUGCGGGCGAGCGCCUCCUCUGACCGAACUGAAGCUCACGCAGCCGGACGGCCUUCAAUACAUCCGCGCCAUGAGCGAUCUCAUCUUUGCGUGCGAGGAAAAAUAAUCGCCUCACGUGUAUGAGUGUUGGCUCCAAGCCACUGUUGGUUAAUAUUUUAGGGACGAUGACUCCAUGCUGAACUCAGCGAGGGCAAUGAGUUGGAAUGAGAGUCCUUAUCGCAACCAGCAAUCAGUGUGAUAAGAUAGUGAGAAUCUGAGAAAACAGUUUUAAGGGGAAAAAAAAGGAUUGUAACUUUAGUUCAAACUGAAGAAACAGUUGUUUUAAAACUCAAUGUAAUGCUGCAUAA